AACAACGAGAAGAGUAAGUAGAGGAGUAAAAAAAUGGAAGGAAAGUGUUGGUGCUUGAUUUUGAUGGCGUCGGUGUUAUGCAUAAGCAUGUUGAACGGCGGUGGCGUGACGGCACAAAGCGCGGCGGAGUGCAAAGAAGAGAGGAGAAUACUUGUGAACGCAUGCAAGGGCCUGAUAACACGAAAGCCUCCCACACCAUAUUGUUGUGAGAGGCUGAGAGUUACGCAUGUUAACUGUGUUUGUCCUGUAAUAACGCCUCAGCUAGCAGCUUUGAUCGAUGUCAACUAUGCUAUCAAGGUUAUUCAGGGCUGUGGAAGACAAGUCCCCCGCCAUUUCAAAUGCGGAAGUAUAACCACACCAUGAGAAGAUUAUGCUAUGGAAUAGUCCAUAAUUCAUUUCCAUUUAUGGUAUGAUUAUGGGAACUUUGUUGUCUGUUUUUUGUGCAUUUCGUCGUCCUCAUACGGAUAUUUUUUUUUCUUGUUUCUGUUUAAAUAAGUUUUUUGGGGGUACUCAUAAGCUAUGGUUGAUGUAUUCAGUAGGUAAAGAUUUAA